AUGUUGAGAAGGAACCUGCUCCCGGCUCUGCUCGUCAUCGUCACGCUAUUCCUGCCGGUGCAGCUCGUCGCAGCCGAGGACGCCACCUCCACCGAAGCUCGGUUGCUGCGUUUCCCCGACAUCCAUCGCGAUUUCGUGGUGUUUGUCUACGGUGGCGACCUCUGGCGGGUGGCCUCGAGCGGCGGCGCGGCCCGCCAGUUGACCUCGUUCGACGGCCAGGAGCUGUUCCCCAAGAUCUCACACGACGGCGAGUGGAUCGCCUUCACUGCCGAGCACAGCGGCUCGCGGCAGGUGUGGGUGAUGCCGGCAGCGGGUGGGUCGGCCCGUCAGCUGACCUACUACACCGAUGUCGGUGCGAUGCCGCCGCGGGGUGGCUGGGACAACUGGAUAAUGGGUUGGUCGGCGGACGGCAAGAUCCUGGUGCGAAUGAACCGCACCCCGUUCGGCCGCCGGGUAGGGCGCUACUUCUUGGUCGAUCCGGCCGGCGGGCUGGAGACUCCGUUGCCGCUACUCGAGGGUGGUUCGGCGUCACUGUCGGCCGAUGGCAAGCGCCUGGCCUACACCCCGAAGAGUCGCGAGUUCCGCACCUGGAAGCGGACCCGUGGCGGUCGUGCUCAAGACAUCUGGAUCUACGAUCUCGAGGCCAACCGCUCGGAGCGUCUGACCACCGACCGCGGCACCGACAACUUCCCCAUGUGGACCGGCGAGAAGAUCUACUUCACUUCGGAUCGCGGCGACACCCUGAACCUCUUCAGUUUUGAUCUUGGCAGUCGGGCGAUCGAGCAGGCCACCGGCUUCGAUACUUGGGACGUGCUGUGGCCGAGCCUGGGUCCUGAGAGCAUCGUGUUCAUGAACGGUGGCUACCUACACCGCUUCGAUCUGAGCAGUGGUGAAAGCCGGCAGCUCGAGAUCCACAUCCAGUCGGCGCUUCCCCAUACCGUGCCGCGCUUCGUCGACUUGAGCGACAACCUCGACAACACCAGCAUCUCGCCAUCCGGCGCGCGCGUGGCCAUGACCGCCCGGGGCGAGCUGUUUACGGUGCCGGCCGAGAAGGGACCCACCCGGCGCCUGCUGCGCACGCCCGACCAUCGUGAGCGUGGGGUCGCCUGGUCGCCCGACGGGCGCUGGUUGGCCUACUUCUCGGAUCGCAGCGGCGAGUACGAGAUUCAUCUCUUGGCGCAGGACGGCUCCGGCGAGCCGCGCCAGCUCACCGACGGCCUGGCUGCUUGGCCCAACGGCCUGCUGUGGAGUCCCGAUUCCAAGCACUUGGCGGUCAGCGAUAGCGACCGCUGGCUGCGGACCGUCGAGGUCGAGUCGGGCGAGGUGACCGACGUCGCCCGUGGCCGGGUGGGCAAUAUCGGCAGUUACGAUUGGUCGCCAGACAGCCGCUGGCUGGCCUACGAGCAGGAGCACCCGGAGUCGGAGCUCGGUGGCCUGGCGCUCUACUCGCUCGACAGCGGUGAGAGCACUCAGCUCGGCGACGGGCUGACUGUAGACCGUGAGCCGGUGUGGAGCUCCGACGGCAAGCAUCUAUUCUUUUUCAGCAACCGUGACUACAACUUGACUUUCAGCUCGUUCGAGUUCAACUACCUCUACAACAACGCCACCCGGGUCUACGCCGCGGCGCUCGAUCCCCAGGCCGAUCCGCUGUUUCCCCGCGAAAGCGACGAGGAGAAGCCGGCUGAGGAAGAGACCGACGAGGCCGAGCCUGAAGCCAAGAAAAGCUCCAAAGGCAAGCAAGGCAAGAAGGAUCAGGGCGCUGAUAAGCCUGCGAAAGACCCAUUGCGCAUCGAGCCCGACGGCUUUGUCGCCCGCACCAUCGCCUUGCCAGGGGUGGAGUCCGGCGGCUACGGCGGCCUGCUGGCCAGCGAAGGCGCGCUGUACUUCGUAGCCUUCGGCAACAACGGCCCGCCCGAGCUGAAGCGCUACGACCUCAGCGGGAAAAAGCUCGAGAGCGUCGUCCAGGGGAUCUCUGGCUAUAGCCUGUCGGCCGACGGCAAAAAGCUGGCCUACCGCGCACGGGGCAAAGUCUUCGUGGUCGGCGCGCAGGCUGGGGUCAAGGCUGGCGAUGGCGAGCUCGAUCUCUCGGCAUUGAAGGUCAAGCUCGAUCCGCACCGCGAAUGGGCGCAGUUGUACCGCGACGGCUGGCGGGUGGUGCGCGACUUCUUCUACGACCGCAAUAUGCACGGCUUCGAUUGGCAGGCGAUCGGCGACCGCUAUGGCGAGCUGGUGCCGCACGUCGCUCACCGUGGCGAGCUCGACUUCAUCUUUGGAGAGCUGAUCGGCGAGCUCGAAGCUGGACACACCUACGUCCAGAGUGGUGACGAGCCCGGCGUCGACCGGCUGCCAGGUGCCCUGCUCGGUGCCGAGCUCGAGGCCAACGACAGCGGCCACUACCGCAUCGCCCACAUCUACCAGGGCGAGAAUUGGGACAGUCGCUACCGCUCGCCGCUGACCGAACCGGGCGUCGACGCCAAGGUCGGUGACUUCGUGAUGGCGAUCGACGGCGAACCCUUGGACACCGACGAGAACCCCUACCGCUUGCUGGAGGGUAAGGCCGAUCAGCUGGUUCGCCUGACCCUGUCCGCCAGCGGCUCGCUCGACGACGCUCGACAGGUCGACAUCCAGCCGAUCGAGUUCGAAGGCGAUCUGCGCUAUCUGCAAUGGGUUCGCGAGCGGAUGGCGCUGACCGAUCGCCUGUCCGGUGGCCGGGUGGGCUACAUCCACCUGCCGAAUACCGCAGGCGAUGGCAACCGCAUGCUGCAGAAGCUGUUUUACGGCCAGGUGCGCAAGGAAGCGCUGAUUAUCGAUGAUCGGUACAACGGCGGCGGCUUCAUUCCCGACCGGAUGAUCGAGUACCUUAGCCGCCGGACGAUGUCGGCAUGGUCGCGUCGUGACGACUCCGGUUUUCGUACUCCGGGCUUCGCUCACGACGGGCCGAAGGCAAUGUUGAUCAACGGCUACUCGUCGUCGGGCGGCGACGCUUUGCCAUUCUUCUUUCGCCAGGAAGGCCUCGGUAAGUUGAUCGGCACCCGGACCUGGGGUGGCCUGAUCGGCAUUUCCGGAGCGCCAUCGCUGGCCGAUGGCGGGACGGUGUUGCCGCCGACCUUCAGGAUUUACGACCGCAACGGCGAGUGGGUGGUCGAGAACGAGGGUGUCAGCCCCGACAUCGAGGUUAUCGACCUACCGGAACGAUUGAUCGAAGGCGGCGAUCCGAGUCUGGAGAAGGGGGUCGAGGUCUUGCUGCAAGAGCUCGAGCAGGGCUCUUUCGGCGAUCCGCCGACGCCGACACCGCCCGACAUGAGCCGUUGA